UUAAAAUAACAACCUCUCCCUUCACUCCCCUCGUAAGGAGGGGGGAACACCCAUCCGUCAUUAAUCGGGUGUAUUCUUUCGUCUUUUAUUUAUUAUUAUUAAUUAAUAAUACAAAGGCAUGAAAUAAAAAUUAAUAUUACAUGCAGGUCAGGGAGUAAAAAAAAAAAGUAGUAUUAUUUACACAAAAUGAAACCGAAAGUAGCAUAUUUACGUGGCGAAAAAUCUGGUAAAUGUGGGUGUCGAAACAGAAAUUUCUGUUCUUAGUCUAAACAGACUUUAAAGUCUAGUCUACAUGACUAGGCAGUUCACACUCCCAGAUGAAGUAUGAUCAGUUGUAGAUAACGUUUUCAUCGAUUGAUGAAAUUGAACUUCAUCAAUUAUUUCGAUUUAUCAAAACUGAAGCAACUUUGGAAGGCUCAUGGCACAAGAUCAAUUCGACGGUAUGAAGGCUGAGACCCUGCAGUUAAUGCAGCCAUAUUUUCAGCAGUACCUUGUGCCCAGCAAGAUAGUGCCACUGCUUAAUGUCAUACUCGAAGAUGAAAAGAGAGAACAGAUUCUAAGCAUAGAAAAGUAUUCUAGAAAAAAUGCGGUGAAGGAACUCAUUGAAGUGAUUUUGAAGAAUGAGGAGCGUGGCAUCAGCCUCUUCAUCAGUGUGCUACGGGGAGAAGGCAGCAGCAUGCCAAGAUGGGAACGCUUCUUAACGCCCUUAGAAAACAAACGUGAAAAUGGGUUAAAUAAAAUGGCCAAUGAGUACUAUGCCUUCAUUCUUCAUCUGCUUGAGGGCUCUAUCAUUGAUGAACUAAGUGAAGGAGAAAUAUACGAGAUCAUCAUAUAUUUCUAUUCUGUGGAGAUCAUAGAUGAGUCUGAUAUGGAAGAGAUUUCUGGAAUCUUGAACCAAAAAGGUCGAUACUACGGUGCACUACACAUGUUCACUGCCAUGAAGCGUCGCACCACUGACUGGCCACAGGAGUUCUUUCAAGCCCUAAAAACUGCAAAACCAGAGCUCCUUUGCAAGAUUGACCCUUUAAACGAAAGUCCACUGAUGGAGGAAAGAUUUCAAAAAGAAGAGAGAGUUGUUGGAGCAAUGUCUGACAGGUCUCAGAGGCCAAGAAUAUCCAGCAAAGAGAGGCGAAUGGUUGGAUCUGUCGAUGAUGAUGAUGAGGAUGAUGAUGAGACAUUUCCAAAACAAAACUGGACAGCUGCAAAAGGUGCCGGUGAUAGAAGCCCUCAGAGAGCAGAAUCUAUAGAUGAAGGGAGUUCAGAUGAUGCUGGUGAUUUCUCUGACUGUGAAGAGAAGCAUGCUCUUGAAGAGUCAGAAAAGACGCAAAAGAAGCCUGGAGAAACAGGAGCGGAGAGCACUCAGGAGAAGCGAGAACUAGUUCCUGCCCUGAGGCAGCAUGAUGGAGUCCGUCGGCGAGAACCACUCCACAUGAGGAACUAUCAAAAAGAGUUGGCUGCUCCUGCCUUGGAGGGUAGCAACGUCAUCAUCUGUGCACCCACAGGCUCUGGUAAAACCAGGGUGGCACUCUACAUCGUGCAACACCAUCUUCAAACUGCACACGGCCAAAAGCGCAAGGUGGCAUUUCUUGCUCGCACUGUGCCUCUUGUGACUCAGCAGUACAAGAUCUUCGUGAAGUACUUACCGGAUUUCAAGUCUGUGCUGGUGACGGGCGACAGCGACCACAGCAUGCAGUUGCACCACCUGCUGCCUGACUACGACAUCUUGGUGCUGACACCCAAGGUGCUGGAGAACCACCUGGUGCCCGAGAAGAUUCCGUCUUUAGCAGCCUUUUCACUACUCGUCUUUGACGAGUGUCACCACACCAGAAAGGGGGAGCCAUAUAACUCUCUCAUGAAAAGCUAUCUCAAGUCCAAAAGUAAUGACCCGAAUGGUCUUCCCCAGAUCGUUGGCCUGACGGCAUCUAUCGGCGUGGAGAAGGCAACGACUGAAAGUGAAGCCGCGGAAAGCGUCCUGGGAAUCAUGGGAAAUCUUGACGUCAUCAAAAUUUCAACUGUCAAAGAGAAUUUGGAGGAGCUUCAAAAUACUGUUCCCAAGCCGGAAGAAGGUCGAUCCGUGCUCCUUUUGCCGAGAGAUGGUGACGAAAUUAGCAGCAAGCUGCAGGAAAUAAUGACAGAGACAGAAGACAUUCUGAACAGAGUCGGCAGAAAGCUGCUUGACGAAGACAUCACGAAGACCCUCGAUAAACGCCCAGGGGACCGCAAAGACCAGAGAUAUGGACAGUGGGCUGUCCAACUGAGAAAUCAGGCACGUUUGCUUAAAAUUCCAGAAACCGUUGAAGACGACGACUUGAGUGAGGUGAACGAACAUAAGGAGUAUACUCGAAAGAUUCAAGUGUACGCUGAUUGUCUCGCUGCUUAUAACGAUGCUUUGGAGGUCCACGACCUUAUGCGCCCACAAGAUGUACUGGAGUUUUGGAGCGCAAGUUUCAGCAGCAUAGUCUUUAUGCAAGGGACCAGCAUACAACUGCCAAAGAGAGGCAGAUUCUAUCUAAAGAGACUGAUCAGAACUUGGGACGAUGAGAACCCAAACCUCAACACCUUGGCCACCACCAUCUUAGAGAACGUCAGUAUGGAAGACAGAGGUGGGUCACAGAUCAUCAUCUUCGUGCGGACAAGGGCGACGUGUCUAGCUCUGUGCAAGUGGCUCAACUCCCAUCCACAUCUUCGGAGGCUGAACGCGACGCAGUUCACAGGGACUGGUGCUCGCCAGGACGAGGGAGGCAUGACUCAGAAUGAACAAGAGGGCGUGAUAGAAAAGUUCCGCUCCGGGGAAGUGAAGGUCUUGGUCUCUACAUCUGUCGGGGAAGAAGGAAUCGACAUCCCAGACUGCAACCUAGUGAUCAAGUACAACCAAGUCGGCAACGAAGUGACCACAGUACAGACUAGAGGACGAAGCAGAAAGGAGGGAGGUCGGUCCAUUCUGAUGGCAAAGGACAAGAUCAUACAGCAGGAGAUGAUAAACAGAUCUCGAGCAGAUAUGAUGUACAAAGCCAUCGACAUGGUCAACGCCAUGCCCGCCAAAGACGUGGCUGACCGCGUUCGUAAGGUGCAAAAGAAGACGCUGGAGGACGAGAGCAUCAAGGAAAUCGUGCACGCCGUCAAGCGGCAGCUCAAGGCCAAGAAAUCCUUUUCACUGGUCUGCGGCCGAUGCAAGAGCGUUCGCGUAGCUGGCGACAAGAUUCGAACCAUCAACAACGCACAUCACGUGGUGAUAGGGCAAGAGCUCAAGCAGCAGGUCAUCUGCAAGAGGAACCCUACCAGACGAAUUGAUGACGUGGACUUAACGGGCUCCCUGAUCUGCGGCAAACCAGGGUGUGGCAGUGGUCUCGGGCAGAUGCUUAACUACAUGGGGGUGCCCUUCAUGACGCUGGCUAUAAAGCAGUGGAUCGUGGAGGACGAGGAUGGCAACCCGGCGUCGUACAAGAGCUGGAGCAAGGUGCCCUUCCACGUGGCGCCCAUCAGGCCCGACGAUGUUCGGCGGCACCUGGACAGCGAGCCAAGGCAGUACAGCGAAAGUGACGACGAUUCUGACGACUAACGUGCGGGCACAUGAACUUUGAACUCUGUCAGGAUUCGUCCUUGCAGCUUUAGUAAAUCGCGUCGAACGACUGCUGAGACAAGGCUUGAAUGAUAUUGUCUACAGACUGAUUGAAAAGAUUGAUCGUUGGAUUAUAAGAUGGGUAGGUGUGUGAGAGAGUUCAUCUUAACGCCCAUUUCGAAACCGCUGUAGACGUACUUUUUAUUUUAAUUUCAAAUAGACAAGUGAGGGCGGCACUUAACCUACUAAGUGACAGCGGUGUCAUAAGUGUCUUAGAUGUGUACCUUUGUGUGCGUUUGUAUGCGUGAAGCCAUCAAUAAUUACAUAAUAUAAUUUAUCACACUGAUAUUAAUCUUGUUAAUAAUAUUGAUGUGACACAUUUUGGUCAUAGUACGCUUUAUGAAUAUUGCGAAUUUUUAUAAUUGUGCAGCGCUGUCCAUAAUGGUAGGAAAUCUUAUUCUUCCUUGGCCCUUGGGACAGUUGUAUUAUUCUUCUUUUGAUUAAUUCACGUCAGUUUUGUGCAGUAACUGCAGUUUACUAAACUGUUGAUAAAUCUGAUGUUAUUGACUUUUAGGAUCUUUUGUCUCACUCACAUAUUUCAUUUAUAUAUAAAAAGCAUCAAAUUAUAUGUACUUGGCUUGUGCUGAGAAGGGAGUCAUCCUUCGUUGCGCGCUCUCUCUCUUACACACAUGGUGGUGUUCUUAGUAGACCAGCCUCAAUUUCUAAAGCUGGUGAGUGGUAGGGGUGUUGGAGGGAAGAGCCAUCGCAGGCAAUCUAUCCCAUAAAGUAUCUGAGUGGCUGUAAUGUUGUAAAGGGCGUGUUUAUUCAGAGGCAGAACUGUCUGUGCACUCUACCUGCCUGACAGUUAAGUGUGAGUCUUUGGAAAAUAAAUUAAACGUUUCUGCGCGUCUGCUGAUGCUGUGUUCCAGAAGCUUAUGCAUGCAAGAGUCGUGAAAUAAACUACAGUGUAGGGACAUUAAGCCGCGGUCCAUUAAUCCGCAAAAUGCUUGGAUCCCAAUUUUUGACACUAUCACUGUCUACGGCCCUGGACAUGGCUUCUCAAACACUCGAGACAGGUGUUGACGGAUGUCAUUUUGUCACUUCAAACGUCCGUGAUUGACAUGCUAUGCGCUAUCGCGGAUUAAAUACUUAAUUUGUGAUGGUAAUGAAAGUGCUUGAGUGUGAUUACGUUUAUAUGUCAAAUAAUUACUAUUUUAAUACUGUAUUGUGCCAUGCAAUGUUACGAAUAAGUAGUUUUAUGAAAAGAUGUGAAAUAAAAUGGUUUAAAUAUA